GCUACAGGUGCCAGUAACUAUGAAGAAGUAAAGCUUCACUUUGUUGCAGCAACGACCGGAAAUCGUGCUAGCGUGCAGGCUGCGAGAAUUUCAUCGUACUUGAACGCAUAUCAUGGACCGAAUCGUCUACGAAUGCGAUUAAAUCCAUGGACCUAUUACACUAGUGAAGAUCAUGAGAGUAGAGCCGCCUUUUUGAUACUGAUGACUUCCGUGCCGUUUCAAGUAGUGUUUGUCCUUACUUCUCACGCUAUCGCCUAUGUAGCCUUAACUCCGCUCAAAUUAAAUAUCCUGUUUCUGCUCGGGUACCUUGUCACCGUUUUUAUACAGGUGAGACAAAGUCAUUUACUGUGUACAGUAAUUUAUCAAGGGUCAUAA